AUGGCCCACGCCACUAGCAGAACGUUUAUCAAACAUUAUCGCCCCCGUCGGCAUACUGGUUUACAAGAGAUCAUGUGCGGCCUCGAUCCGGAUGAAGAGUUCUCAAAGGCUGUCACCCGGAUGAGCCGCUGGAUUGAUCGGCGGCGACCACGAUACCUGAGCGACGCUGACCGGGAUUCAGUGGAGAGAGACCCAGAAAUGCAAUCGGCCAUGCGCUGGCAAUUCGAGUUAGAGACCCAGUGCGGUGACCACUCUCAUGACCCAGCAUUGCGGGCGAUGCUGGAUGACCAGAAGCGUCAAGUUCUGAAUUUGCGCCGGCGUCUGCAGGACAAACGGCGGAAAGAAGUACGCCGUGAUUUUAGUCGGAAACAGGCGGUGAUUGACAUUGAAAGACAGCUGACUGGUGGGGCUGUCAGUGAUGAGCCUGCGCGCGAGGUAUUACGGAAGGAGUUUGAAAUGCCAUCGGCGCAGAUACUUCUCGUGGAGACGUUCUUCACUUGGCCCACCACCGAUUCAUUAGAAGACGAGUGGACGCGGCGCAACAAAGCUGUUGCUGCUGGAAUACAAUAUUGCGGCUUUCAGGAGGGUGGGCCCCUUCGGGGACGACCGAAACGCUCUGCGCCGUCCGACGAUGACGAUGCAGUUCCUCUCUCCUCCCGCUCGAAAGAUAAAGACCGAUACGCCGCCGACUACGUCGCGGGAAGAAAGACAUACCGCUGGCGGGAAACCUAUCCCGAAUGCAGAGCUAACAUUCGCAUGCUUCCAAUGCCCCAAGGCAUACGCCGACUAUAA